UCUCGCAGUUUCUCGGAAUUCUCGGAAGUUGAGGUCGUUGAGCGGUCGUUGGGGUCGUUGGGUUGUUAGUGGUCGGUAACAGUCACGUGGUUUGAUGGUGUCAGCUGUGUCAGAUUCGGGUUUUAAAAUUUACUUUGUGCUCUACUUUGUGCAUUUAUAGAUUGGUUUCGUGAGAGAAAUAACAAGAUUCGGAUUACUGACAAGAUGAUUAAAGUCAACAUAUGGAACUUUGGAAAGAAAGCCCAGCGUCAUUUUGGUACAUGGUAUCAAAUGAGUAAGGAUGUAGCAACAAGGAUGGCUCCAGACUUUAUGGAAAUGUCAAUGAAAGCUAUAUCUUCAUUUUUUACUUCAUCGAAAAAGAGCUAUGCAACAGAAGCAACAUUUGAAACAAAGCCUUUUCGCUUGCAUCGACUGGAAAUGGGACCGUCGAACACUGUUACAGUGACUCGUGAUGAUGCCUUGGCACUUUAUGAACAGAUGCAUACCAUUAGAAGGAUGGAAACUGCAGCAGGCAAUAUGUACAAGGAAAAAAUUAUUCGUGGCUUCUGUCACCUAUACUCUGGACAGGAAGCUUGUGCUGUUGGUAUAAAGGCUGCUCUUCGACCUCAGGAUUCUGUAAUCACUGCCUAUCGAGCUCAUGGUUGGACGUAUGUGAUGGGUGUCCCACAGUUGGGAGUAUUGAGUGAAUUAACAGGACGUCAGUCUGGUUGUGCUCGUGGUAAAGGAGGUUCCAUGCAUAUGUAUGGAAAAAACUUCUAUGGAGGAAAUGGUAUUGUAGGAGCUCAAGUUCCUUUAGGUGUAGGAAUUGCACUGGCUUCAAAGUACAGUGGCUCAGAUGGAGUCUGCAUAGCUCUCUAUGGAGAUGGGGCUGCAAACCAAGGCCAGGUGUAUGAAGUAUAUAACAUGGCCAAAUUGUGGGAUGUCCCAUGCAUAUUUGUGUGUGAGAACAAUGGUUAUGGAAUGGGAACCAGUGUCGAGAGGGCUUCUGCAAGUACAGCAUAUUACACCCGAGGCGAUUAUGUACCAGGGAUAUGGGUUGAUGGUAUGGAUGUACUAGCCGUAAGAGAAGCUGCUAGAUACUCUGUUGAUUACUGUACAAGUGGUAAAGGUCCUAUUCUCCUGGAAAUGGCCACAUAUCGCUAUAGCGGACAUUCUAUGUCAGACCCUGGUACAAGUUACAGGACAAGAGAAGAGAUUCAGGAAGUUCGACAGACAAGAGAUCCUGUCACAUCUUUUAAAGAGAAAAUUAUAGCAGCUGAAUUAGCUACUGCUGAAGAAAUGAAGAAUUUAGAAAAUAAAAUUCGUGCUGCAGUGGAUGAGAAUGUAAAGAAGGCAAAGAGUGACAAGGAGAUUGGACUAGAAGAAUUAGUAACUGAUAUUUAUGCUGAUAGCAAGGAAGAAUAUAUCCGAGGAAUAACACCAUGGGAUCGGUUGGAACACAAGACCCUUGGAAUGGCUGUGAAUGUAUAAAAUUUAUUAAAUAGAGUAAGGUUAGAUACUUGUUUCUAUACUACAGUUUUGAGGGCAACUCAGUGUACAUACCAUUUUUACUGGAAUAUGUGGUAGUGAUUUCAAAGUAUGGCAGUUUCCAGAACAAUUUCAUAACAUGUCUUUGUAUUGUUAUAUUUAUUAAUCUGACGUUAAAUUUUUUGUUCCCAUAAAUGAGACCAAUUACUGGCUAAUAAUGUUAAUAUUGUAUUAUAACAGAAGUUUUAUUUCAGUUGAAUUUAAUAGUAAAACAAUUUUUCAUAUACUGAUAAAACCAGACUUGCACAAGUAAUAGUAAUUUCAGCUUCCUUUUUAGUAUCCCUAACAGUCCAAGUAAAUUUUCCUUAAACGUAAAAAUUCCCUGACCAGUAAAAAUAUGAAGGCAACAUAAAAUAUGGAAUGUUAUAUUUUAAUUGUUUUGUUUAAACUUCUACAAAUUCUGGUGUAUACUUGUGUCAGAAAUGAAGACUUAUAAUACAGACAGACCUGAAUGUUCAGCAGUGUGGGAUUCAGUUCCAUAGAUUUUACUGUGUGACAAGUAAUAAAUACACUGAAAUGGGUAGUAAUGAUUAUUACUGUCAGCUGUGUGAAACAGAUAUCCGUUUUUUAUUAAUUAAAAAUUGCCACUGCCUGUUUUACUUUAGACAAGAGGCGACAUAAUUCCGAUCCACGUAUUUUUGUAAUCCAUCAGAAACAAGGAAACUACUUCAUGUAUUAUUUUGUCAUUACAAAUGCGCAAAAGAUUGAUCAGUAUUGAAAUGGCAUUUUUGAAUCCUUACUGUUAUACGUAUGUCCAUAAUGAAUGUUUCUGUACUAUCACACAACACAUGAUAUUUUGGCCAUUAUAUAAUAAGUGAUUGCAUUUAAUAUUUAUUUAUGGUUUCUUUAAUGAUGCUGUCAGCAUCUUAGGAUAUACAGUGUAGAAUGGUAGGAAGAGUAGUGAGUUGGAAAAGAUGCAGAAAGAACCUGCUUUGACCUAAUUUGAAGUGUUACUUCUUGAGCCAGGCCGCUCAAUUCCAUUUCCUAUUCACCACACUUCAAACAGUAAAUUCUGUGAUAUGAUACUGUUAGAAAGUGUCAUAAUUGGAUACUCAGCAGUAACAUUUUAUUUAAGAAUGAACUGAGCCAAAUCUUUCACACAAACUUUAAUAGAAAUUGAAGCACCCAUCUCUCUCAUUAUUCACUUCCUACUAUAGGACACAAUCAAUACUGCAGUCACACAAAGCCAGUGCAUUUUGUACUUUAUUUAACAAGCCAUCAGUAACAGAAAAAUUAAUAAUGAAAUGGAAAGGAAGUGGUCAAGGCCUAAUUUAAACUCUUCUCCUAGCAUUUACCUCGAGGGGCUGAGGAAAAUCACAAAAAAAAAAAAAAA